GGGACGACAGCCACCAGAAGUAACCCUAGUUCAGUCAGUUAGUCACAUCCCGCCUUUUGCCCUUUGUUCGUAAGGGUGUAUGUGAGUAGGGUGUAAGGCUCAGUGAUGGUUCGGUUCUCUUUUCGUCCUCCGCUUCUUUGUUUCUCGGCUAUGCUCUUUGUUUGAUCUCUCCCCCCCCAAUUCCCGUCAAUUGGAUUCUCACCCGGCCAUCACUUUUCUCUCCCCAGGUCCUUCGUUCCUGCACUUCUCUCGGUGACUUUGGACUGUUCAUAACCUCCAUCUCCAGGUGGUUAAGACACUCGUUCUCGAUCUUCUCCCGGCCGACUGACUGCUUUUGUUCUCCCCCAUUGUCCUGCGCGUCGAGAACGUCCUCGUACCGGAUGAACAAGUCGAGAGAGCGGUCAGGAUGGGUUCAUCGGUCGCCCUUUCGGAUCGGCCUCACCAGACUGGGGAUAAUGAACAACGUCCUGAGGGGAUGACAGGUGCUGAGCAGCCGGGGAUGGACGAGGCAAAUAACGUGGAACUCAUCCCGGACGGCGGGUACGGGUGGGUGGUCGUCUUCGUGUGCUUCGUCCAUACCUUCUGGCAGAACGCCUGGACUGGGUCGUGGGGUAUCCUGCAAGUCGCUUUGCUGGAAACGACCUUGCAUGACUCCACAUCCAGUACGGUUUCCUUCAUCGGAUCUCUGGGGAUCGCUUUGUCCUGCGCAUUGGGAAUUUUCACUAUCCGUCUCGCCCGCACGAUCGGCGCCCGUUGGACCAGCUUAAUAGGCAUCCUGCUAUACAGCAUUAGCAACAUUGUCAGCGCCUGGACCGUGUCCAACGUCGGCGGUUUAUUUAUCGCGUGCGGCUUUACGUACGGACUCGGCGCGUGUCUGAUGUACACCAUGUCGAACAGCCUGCCCAUCCAGUGGUUUAGCACUAGGCUCGGGGCCGCCAACGGCAUUGUCAAGCUGGGCGGAGGCAUCGGGGCUACGGUCAUGGCCAUUGUGACCGGUGUACUGACUGAUAAACUCGGCAUCGCGUGGACCUUUAGAAUCUUCGGUCUCCUGUCGCUCGCCACGGGCGUCCCGCCCGCUUUCUUCAUCCGGGAGAGGAUUCCCGCUCAGGGGAGCUUUGACAUCGACUGGUCGCUUUUCAAGGACGUUUCCUUUUCCUGUCUCUUCGCCUCGGGUGUAGUUGGGGUGUUUUCCAUCUACGCGCCACCAUUCUUCCUACCGGCUGUGACCACCUCCCUCGGCUUCUCCAGUUCCACCUCCGCGGGCGUCGUGGCCUGCUUUAAUGCGUGCAUGGCGAUCGGGCGUCUGACGUCAGGGUUUGCCUGCGAUCGGUUUGGGAGUAUGAAUACACUACUGGUGACCAUGGCUCUGAACGGGAUUACGAUGUUCGCGUUAUGGUCCUUCGCCUCGACACUGGCCAUCCUGAUCGUAUUUUCCGUCCUCAACGGGCUCGCGAACGGCGCCUUCUUCGUAGCCCUGCCUACAGCGGUGGGGAGGCUUGCGGGACAACGCCGUGGAGCCGGAGCCGUGAGCAUUACCCUUACCGGAUGGACCCCCGGCCUGCUGGUCGGCAAUCCCAUCGCUGGAGUCCUAAUAGACGCGACGGGUGCGGGUAGGUCAAGUUCGAUCGUUCCCUACAGGCCUGCUAUAUUCUACGGGGGAGGCACCGCACUGUUUUCACUUGCUUUCGUUAUAGCUGCGCGGCUGUGGGUCGACAGACGUCUCGCCAUAAAGCUGUAGGUUCGUCCGACCAACUUUGCAAAUCCAAAAUCGACCUUGAUGUGAUCAACCACGGGCUUCCUUGUUCAUUUCUCUUCUUCUUCUCCCCUUCCUUCUAAUGAUAUUCCCGUGGAUCGCUACCCAGCUGAAUAGCACUACCACUGUGCUUUGUCACCAUAGUUGGACUCGUAUAUGUAACAUAAGUACGGGUUAGAGUAGCAUAACCU